UUGAGCAGGCGCUGCGCAGAGAAGCAGAUCUAAAAGUCAGCACAUUUUACAAGUAACUGAACGGACAGGUUCUAAUUAUAAAAAGAUCAGCUAAUUUGGUGUGUGCGCGUGUGUGUGACAGAAGACCGGCCUAGUAUACGGAUGGUUGCAGCUGUCCUGCCAACUAUGGCGUUGGACAAUGUCCCUCUGCUCUUCUACAUCUUGGCAUUGAAGACCCUGGUCUUGUGCCUGGGCUUCGCUGGAGUGAAGAUCUAUCAGGCAAAGAAGGAAGAGGCCAAGCUGAAGAUACAGAGGGCAGAGCAGAGGAGGAUAGCGGAGCAGGUGCAGGAGCUCCUGGAUAACGAGCUCCUGGACAACAAGAAGGAUGACUGACCCGGAGGAACAAGGGAGAGUGUGAGGAGAUGAAAGGAACUACAGUAUGUCACCUGACCAGACUGGGGACCUACAUGCUCCAAGGAUGGGGCGGAACUCUGAUUGGCUGAUCUGGGGAGGAAGUGUUGAGAUGUCUAGUUCCUGUUGGACAGUACUCACCCAGAACAGGCCUGGGGUCCUGGACAUUGCUGCAGGUGUCAUUCUUUUUUUACACAAACUUUUAACUUCAGAGCCACCAGAUGUUUUGUAAAUAAAGACUGUUUUUGUACCUCU